AUGACGGAAGCUGUCAAGGUGGUGCGGAAGGUUGGUGAGCUUUACGGCCACAGCUUCAACUUUCAGGAGUACAAGGUUGGUGGGGCGGCUUGGGCUGCUGCAGAGGCAGCGGGGGAGACGCCCGCGCAUCUUCCUGCCCGCACCCUCGAGGGCUGCGAGAAGUCGGAUGCUAUACUCUUCGGUUCGGUGGGUGGUCCCGUGGAUCAGCAGCACGAGCCACGAUGGAAGGAUUGCGAGAAGAACGCACUUUUGGGCUUGAGGAAGCGCUUCAAGUUGGCAGUGAACUUGCGGCCUUCGAAGGUGUACCCCUUCCUUUCGCAUCUUUGCCCGUUGAAGCCGUCCAUCAUAGGCACCGGAGUUGACAUGGUGAUUAUUCGGGAGCUGGUGGGAGGCAUUUACUUCGGUGAGCACAAGCGCGAUGGAGACAAGGCCUUCGACGUCAUGGAGUAUGAUGUGGAGGGCAUCCGCAAGCCAAUGGUCUUUGCUUUUGAAGCAGCGCGGCUUCGGCGCAAGAAGGUGACAGUGGUGGACAAGGCCAACGUGCUGGAGUGCUCCCGUCUAUGGCGCGAGGUGGCUAGGGAUGUGCACAAGGGCUACCCAGAUGUUGAGCUGGACUUCAUGUACAUAGACAACGCGUGCAUGCAAGUUAUCCAGAAGCCAUCCUUCUUCGACGUUGUUGCCACAGGGAACAUGUUCGGCGACAUCUUGUCGGAUGCGGCCAGCGUGCUUCCUGGCUCGCUGGGGCUGAUGCCUUCAGCCUCAUUGGGUGAUGGCCUGCACAUGUACGAGCCCAGCGGAGGCAGUGCCCCAGACAUAGCAGGCAAGGGGGUUGCGAAUCCCAUCGCCCAAAUCUUGAGUGGGGCGAUGAUGCUGAGGUAUUCCUUCCAGUUGGAGAAGGAAGCAGCAGCAAUCGAGGAAGCUUGCGAAGCAGUCUUAAAGUCAGGGAGGCUGACGGGAGAUCUUCUGGAAGAAAGUCAGCGAUCCAAUGCUGUCUCAACCAGUGAGAUAGGUGACGCAGUUGCAGCUGCUCUGAAGGGUCCAUGA